AUGUCUCCUUUCAAAGUCAUCAUCGUUGGUGCCGGACUCAGCGCAAGUCUUCUCGCAAACGGACUCAUUCGCCAUGAUGUCAACGUUGCAGUCUAUGAACGACUAGACAGAAACGUCAAACGCGAAGGAUACCAGAUCAGAAUGGAAGCGAAUGCCCUAGCAGGUUUCCGUGCGUGUCUGGACAAGGAACACGUCGACAAAAUUAUCUCCAAAUUUGGCAAAUCAGGUGGCAGGAUUUCUUCCGCCCCAGUCGUCUAUGGCAGUGAUUUCAAGCCUCUUUUAGACUUUACCAAAUUCCCAACGUACAGCAAGUCAGCUCCCAUCAAUCGGGUUACUCUUCGUGAUGCGCUUGCCGAUCCUGUUUAUGAUGCAGGCAGGAUGCAUUAUAACAAGGAGUUCGACAGAUAUGAAAUCAUUACCGACAACAAGGGUAGAGAAUUGGUUCGUGUCUGGUUCAAAGACGGUUCUUCAGACACUGCUGAUAUACUGAUCGGAGCUGAUGGGAGUCAUUCCAAGAUCAACAAGAAGCUUGGGUUGAAUAACAUCAAGGCAGUCAAAACUCAUACCAACUUUGUACUCAAAGCUGACCUGCCAACAUCCAAAUAUCUGGCAAGGAAGCCCGAGCUGCACCCAUAUCUCCCAGACCGCGAAUCGGCUGAGGAAGAUACAACCAAACCCUCAGUCAAAUUUGAUGAUACCAUGUCGUCCGUUAUGUUUGUUCUUUUCGUACCUACAAGUACUGUCCCCGAGGGCCUCACUACCAAGCCUGCCGAGGAGCAAUGGGAUUUCUGUAAGAGUAGCAUCAAGAAUUGGGCGCCCGAAUACCAUGAGAUUCUAAAUCUUAUCAAGGGCCCAAACUUCUAUGCUUUCACGCCCAGAGUAGGAACAGGGCCAUCUAUCGAUUGGAGAGCAACGGUUAAGAAUUCGAAUGAUGAGACCCUUGGACAUCCGCGUGUCUGGCUUAUGGGGGAUGCUAUCCACCCCAUGCUUACCUCACGAGGCAUGGGUGGUAACCAGGCUUUGAGAGAUAUAGCAACUCUACUCCCUUUAUUGAUCGAGAUUUCGCAGGUCUCGGAGUCUGGCAAAACACCAACUACGGAGACAGUCGCAAAACUGCUCCGAUCGUACGAGGCAGAGAUGAUUCCCAGAGCAUUCGGAUGGGUGAAGAAGAGCGGUGGCACGACUGUGGUGCCAUUUGAUAGUGAUAAGCUUUACGUGAGGCUUGGUUGCCUGUUGAUUGUGGCCCCGUUGAUAAUCAUCUUGAACUGGGUAUCAAAACUCCUCGGAUUUGUGCGCACCAAGCCUGUUGUUGACGACGCACCGGAGUUCAAGGAUUAG